CAAACCAGUCUGAGGGUAAAUGAAUCAGUUUUCUGCCAAAGCACUGACCUCCUGUGAUUGAUUGACCUGGCGAGCAGCCCUCAGCUGACAGCAGGCCAUAAAAAAGGGACUUGUGAGCAAAGGAGUGUCAUUAGACUCUGAACCUCUUGGAGCCAUGAGGGCAAUACUGUUGGCAGUGGUUUACAUCCCGCUCAUUGUGGCUGUGGAACGAAUCCCUUUGAUUCGAUUCAAAUCUAUCAAGAAACAGCUGAAGGAAAAGGGAGAAUUAGAGGAAUUUUGGAGGAAUCACCACCCUGAUGUUUUUGCCCGGAGGUACCUGCAUUGUUUCCCUGCAGAUAUUGCUUUAUCAGUAGGAACUGCUUCAGAAAGGCUGUAUGAUUACAUGAAUGCUCAGUACUACGGGGUGGUGAGCGUGGGGACACCGCCACAGAGCUUCACCGUCGUCUUCGACACCGGCUCCUCCAACUUCUGGGUCCCGUCUGCCUACUGCAUCAGCGAGGCCUGCCGGGUACACCAGAAAUUUAAGUCCUUCAAGUCAGAUUCAUACGAGCAUGGAGGGGAAGCCUUCUCCCUGCAGUACGGCUCAGGACAGCUUCUGGGCAUUGCUGGCAAAGACACACUGCAGAUAAGUAACAUCUCCAUCAAGGGACAGGACUUUGGCGAGUCAGUGUUCGAGCCAGGAACAACUUUUGUCCUUGCUCACUUUGAUGGUGUUCUGGGCUUAGGCUACCCCUCCUUAGCAGUGGGCAACGCUCUGCCUGUGUUUGACAGCAUCAUGAACCAGCAGCUGGUAGAGGAGCCAGUCUUCUCUUUCUAUCUGAAAAGAGGAGACGACACUGACAACGGCGGUGAAUUGAUUCUGGGGGGAAUAGACCAUUCUCUCUACAAAGGUUCAAUCCACUGGGUCCCAGUCACUGAGAAAAGCUACUGGCAAAUACACAUGAACAAUAUAAAGAUCCAGGGCCGGGUGGCACUUUGCUCCCACGGCUGCGAGGCCAUCGUUGACUCUGGCACUUCUCUUAUCACUGGCCCCUCUUCACAAAUCAGGCGAUUGCAGGCAUAUAUUGGGGCAAGCCCAUCAAAUACUGGAGAGUUUCUCGUAGACUGCAGAAGACUGUCGAGCUUGCCUCACAUUAGCUUCACGAUCGGACACCGCGAGUACAGGCUGGCAGCAGAGCAGUACAUCAUAAAGGAGUCUAUUGAUGACCAAACCUUCUGCAUGAGUGGCUUUCAGUCUCUUGACAUCCCCACUCGCACGGGCUCGCUCUGGAUUUUAGGAGAUGUCUUCAUGUCUGCAUUUUACUGUGUUUUUGACCGUGGGAAUGACAGAGUGGGAUUUGCAAAAGCUGUUCACAGAAAGGAUUACUACUGAGCUGUAAUAGCAUUUAUUCUGUCUUAAGUUAAUGUAAUGAUUUUCAACACAUGUGUGAAGAAGAGCUUUUACUGCAACUCUGGACCUAAAUGCACAUUGUGUUGUUCCUCUCUAAGUUUUAAGGACUUUGCAGUGAUCCUUGUCCCAGACGAUAUAGUUUGGUUAAAUAUCUAUAUGUUUACAUCAGUGAAACAAUUUUUCCUGAGUAACUCAUGGACACUACAGCUCUCAGGAUAAAGCAGCAGAGCCAGUCAGCGCUCAGAUUUGCAAAAGAUCAGGAAGAAUAAAAAUGCUGAACUGUGCCAAGCUGAAAAGACAGCAGCUGUGUGUGGGGAAAACUAAUCCUAAUCGUGCCUGGUCUGGCUAUCUUUUUUUUCUUCUUGUGCACUAGUUUCCACCUCAUUUCCUACAGCUGUCCUUUCCCAUCAGUAUUUUCCAUGGUUUGGGUUUUGUUCAAUUUUAUUUCCUGAGUGCCAUGGAAAUUCUCUUUAAAUUAGCUUGCUCCAACCAGCUUAUAUAAAAGGGAAUUUGACUGAUGCCUGUGUGGCAUCACCACUAAUUUCAGCUACUGUUCCUUGCACAGUUUCCUGCUUCUCAUGCCACCUCUCAGACCUGCUUUUUCCCUGGGAUUCAUAAUACCUUGAUAAUUCUCCUGUUUUGGGUCUCAGCAUUUGAUGUCUGUGCCUUAGGUCAGAUGCUGCAUUUAGUGCCUGACUCCUCUCCCCCUGGGCAGUGUGAGCAGCUGGAGCAGCAUCCAUUCACAUUAGAAACCCAGAGUGCAGCCUGUGCAAAGGGAUACCAGUGUUCCUCCCCCUCAGAUGAGUUAUGGGACCCGCUCACCAGCACUACACAUCUACUGCCCCUUGCUCAGCCACUUCUUGUCACCAGUGGCAGGAGUUUCAGAUGGAACAGCCACAGGUAGCUGUGCUGGUUUGGCAAAAGAGUCUCCUAAAUUCUACCCAUUGAGUUAUUUGUUUGCUAAACCCCAUACACAUGAAUAAAACUUGACCAAACAAAAUCUGCUUUACCUUAGUGCUGUUUCAGUUACAUUUUCUGUUUCUUUACAGUGGUUCCAGUGCUGGGAGGAAGGGGAGUCGAGGGUGGAAAAAUAAUUGAAAAUUCAGGUUGCUCUCUGUCCUGGAGGAUAAAAAGUGUCUUGGCAUGUUGGGGCUGCUUGUAUCUUCCUAAAGCCUGCAAAUGUCUGCAGUCCCAGCCAUGGGCAUGGGCACCUUCCCAGCAGGGCAGAGCCAUGGGCAGGUAGAGACUGGCCCCGUGGUGGCCCCUGGAACAGAGGUUGGUGGCCCCCAGGCACUUUCUGCUGCUGUCUGUCUGUCUGGAUGUGCCUGGCACAGACCAAAGGCAAUAUCCGUUGUUGGCCUUGGUGGAAUCACAGCCCCUAGAUUUUAAGUUUUCAGUUAUAAGACUCAAUAAGUAUUACAAAAACAGAAUGGUUUUCCUGCAGGUAUCUCUAAAUACUGAUCUUGCCUUCCAAUAUGAAAUAAUCUUUCUCCCUGGUGCCUGUUUCCAUGACUCUCUAUUUGCAGCCACAUUGUGUUACACAUUUGGCAUCCAGGCUAUCAACCUCCAGCAAAAGAGACUCUGCUGCCAGCUGUCUCUUUCUGCAGAUGAGACUGAGCUGUGUGAAGUUCCCCUGUAUUUCAGGCCAAUCUUGCCUUGAUUCCCCUUUGUCCAUGUCACUCUUAAACAGUGGAUUGACCAUGAGCUAACUUAUUUGUCUAGAAAAUGUCAUUUGUUUGGUCAUGAGCCAAGACAAACAAACAUCUAUAAAGCCCCAUUCCCCAUUUAACAGCAGCAGGGUAUUUUUGUUUUCUCUACUACGCAGCAUACUUAACACUCUGGUACAUUUCCAUUAUACAUACAGUAUGUAUGUGUUCCAUAAAUAUGAGUUUGCAGAGUUAGAGAUCUGUUAUUUACAACAGAAGAUUUUCAGGGUGUUGGGACAUGUCCCCACAGCCAGUCAUUCCCAGCACUGACGUCUUGGCUCUAUGAAUUCCAGCACAGAGUGGGAACCCAUCCUAGAAACAGGUGGAAAGUCAGGCAGCAUGCACAGGGGUUAGUCCUCUCUUUGUUCUGAUAUAUCUGAUCUUGCUCAAGAUUAACACCAUCUGAUUGGAGCAAACUGUUGCCCUGACCUACUCAUCUAUCCUGGCCCUGUGCUAUCCUUGUCCAACUUUGCCAGCUUCUGUGCCUUGCUGUUCCUGGUAGACAUCAAGUUGAUUUGCAUGUCAGGUCUAACUCUUGCCAGAACUGCUUCUUGAGUUCAGUAAAACCAGGACGAUAGUGUGUCUCAAAGUGCCUUUAUUCAUGCAAUAAUUCAGGAUUGCUAAUACCUGUGAACAUGGAUUGCAGAUUGUUGGGUUGCCAAAAUACUCCAUUUACCAUGCUAAGGCAAACAGCUUACUGAGAGAAGUGCGUAAGAGAGCACAUAAUCCCAAAAGACAGUUUAAUACAAAUCAGAGUACGCUGAUGUUUGCCAAAGUGAGAUAACAGGCUAAAUGACAAGAGGAAAUUUUUCUGGUAACUCAUCCCAGCGCUAGCUUCAUUAGAAGCAACAAACAGAAUGCUGUAGCUGACCUGGAGCUGCCCCACUGGGUUGUGUUAUAGAUUGCAGUGUAUGACUUCAGAGCUGUAAUUCCUAAUUAAGCUCUUACCUACCUAAUGGCUGCUGUGUGGCACCCUCAGCCUCCAUCAAAUAAUGAACACUGUUGCAGGGCUGGGGAGUGCUGGCAGAGCGAGUGGGAGAGGUAGCAAAAUCAUUGCUGAUUAGAGGUACAAUGAUGUUCUGGUGGAAAGCAGCAGUGUGCCUCCUGGGCAGCAGCCAGGCUGAGAAGAAGAUGAGCAGAGCUCGAUGAUGAGAAGCUGGGAAGGCUUUUCACGCUUAGCAGUGCUGGGAUGAAACAAGCUGAUGUCUGGGUUGGGGACAAAGAGCAUUUUGGUCCAAUACCUUAAGCCCUGGUGGAAGCUGUGUGAAGGAUUGGAGGGAGCAGGUAUGGUGGGACAGGACUUUCAGUGCAGAUUUGUGGUGGACACUUGAGAGUCGUCUCUAAUAUCUGGCUGAAGCUCCCGUACAGUGUGAAGCACAGCUCCUCAAGCUGAUGUACUGUGAGGAGAGAGUUAGAUUGUGGGCCAGCUUCCUUCACAGCUGCUGAAAACCCUUCUUAUACAUGUCUGGCCAAACUCCCCAGAAACUUGUACUGCUCUUCUGACAAAAGUGCUAUAGAGGAAAGCAGCAGUUACUUUUACUUUGUUUCUAGCUGUGUGACUGGAGCUGUCUGGCUGUCCUUAAAAUGUAUUAUUUGUACUUAAAAUUACCCAUUAAUUAUUAUUUAAGCACAUUGGUAAAUUAAGUUCCUUGACAGUUGCAGAUGCAAUUAGAUUGAGAAACAUUCAAUUGAAAAGUGUGGCUUCAGCUACAAGAAAGAGGGAAUCAGGAGGAAAAAGGGAAUACUUCCACAAGCUGCAUAAGGGCCAUUCAGAAAACUGGACUGCUAGGCUAAGGUGCUGUUUAUUGCUGUAAAAUUUCACUCCACAGAGUUUCUCAUUUUGUUGGUCAAACCUAAACAUAGCAACCUGAAUUGCCUGAAGACUUGUGGAGUGGCAAGUGUGAGGUUGCACCAGAACGCCUGACUCCAAACUGUGAUCAAAUUUCAAUAAGCUGCUGUGAGACACCAGUGUCACCUCAUCUCAUGGUGUGAAGUCCUUCCAUAGGUGCCUGGCAAAUCUGUGCAUGGCUUUCCUGCAUAACUGGAAUUCACAUAAUAUGAGUUUAAACAGUGCUUCCUUGGGCCAGGUGUCCUCUGCUUCCUCAACUGGCGGGACAAACAAACGUGUUGCUGUCUAGUGUCUUUGGAGGGUUUGAGAGCAUGGUUCUGCUCAGACUGUGCCUAACAAACAGCAGCAGGAGCCAAUUUCCAGGCUGAAAUAAAGCUGGAAGAAGUAUAAGUGCGGAGGGCAGUUGAUUUUUGUUCAAAGCCUACCCAGAUGAGAUAGGGUCCUGCUGUAAGUGAUACCAGCUAGAAGGGUUCCUCACCUAAGCUGUUGACUGUAGGAGCAGGAGCAGGCAGGUCUGUUCAUUCCCUUCCCAGGUCCAGGGAGUCCUAAAGUCUCCCAGGAGCCACUGGUGUUACCAGUUACUAUGGCAGAGAGGCUGGUUUGUUUUUUGAAGUGCAGCCUUCUGAGCAAGAGAGCUGGUGGACUUGCUGUCCAUGCAGUCCAUACUGCUUUUGCUGGUUGUUGCAGACUUACAACUUUUGGUCCCCCCCUCUCUCUUGUCCUUUCAGUCCCUGAGCUACGUUGUCUCUCCCUUGUCUGUCCUCUACUCACUGAUGGGAGAACGUUGGCAGCAUGCUCCAGACUGCACUUUUGUAAACAUGGCUGACAGCUAAACUGGAGCUGUGGCUGCUUUCCUGGCCUACUUUGAGACUUCUUUUGCAGGAGUGAUAGCUGAAAGACCAGGUCACUAUCAGCAGGUUUGGAGAGGUGGCUUGGUCAUCUCUGGAGCAGGAGGAGCCACCUAAUGCUGACUUAGGUUUGGGUUAAUUAAGAAUGUGUGUGGUACAUCUGGUUAGCAUGGGAAUGAGGGAAAGGUUGCGGAAGUGGAGACCAGUUUUAGUAGGAGUCAUGGGUCACUUUGUUGUCUGCCUGGGAUGACUACAGCCUGUGCACUUCCAGCUGAAGGGCGCCACAAGAGUGGAGUCUUAGGCUUAGUUGCACCUUCAGCUCCAUCACCUCUUGAGAGAAUGCUGCUGCCCUGUCAUCCCUAGGGAAGCUGCCUGGGAGCCUCAUUUUACAAUAAACUGUCACUGGCCAUGCCACAUAUGUGCUCCAGGGCUCAGACACACCAUGCCCAUCAGCUAUUUUGCACCUCCCAUUAAUUAAAAUGAAAUUAAACAUUUAAUCCUUUUAUUUUAUCUACCCUUUAGUGGCGUAGCUUCAUCAGGCGUGGGGCAGAAUACUGUCCUACACAAAUGUGAGGCCUGAUUUUUCAAGUGUUCCUCCAGGCAGUGAGAGAUGAUGGGCUGAAUCUCUCCAGGCUGACAAAGGAACUGAGCCCACAUCUUGCCUUUGAGCCACCUGAGUAGAAACCAAAACUGUUGGUGGAUCUUACUGGGAUGUCACGAACUUUAAGCUGACGGAGCAGACAAAGGCAGCAGAGUUCAGUGUAUAUCCAAAGUAGACAGAACCAUACCCACUCUUCUGAAAACCUUAGUGUUUCCUCUAGUUAUGUCUGCACAGCUCACUGCCAUAUACAUCCUGAGGCUCCCAGUACUCUCUGUAAAUGUAUUUCCCACAGGGUCACAGAUUUCAAGCCAUUGAUUAAGUGGCUUAAAAUAUGUCACCACAAGGCCUCCUAUUUAGGUGCCCAAAUCCUCUGCUGCAUUUUGUUCAUAACUUGUCUGAGUACUGAGUCUGCCCUUCUGCACUUUCAGCAAAUUUGUGUGAGAACCACAUUCAAGAGAAGACAAAAAGUUCAGUCAAACCCAGAGG